AGAGCUCGGCGCUGGGGAAUAUCAGGAAUAUCAUGCCACAAGCUCGCUCCGCAUCUGAAGAAGCGCUUCCAUCCCAACUUUGCUGAAGUCUGAGGGGGGAGCCGGUGAUGCCCGCAGGCUGACCGGCAUCACUAUUUUUAAAGUGAUAUUUGGGGGGCGUGGACGGCGGAGGAGCGGCAGCACGGAGCGCGUCGGCUCCGCUGGCGCACCGGCGUGCAGAUUUGGACUUGGCGGAAUCCACUUGGAAGCCUUUUUUGUGUCUCAUUUCCGAGCGCUGCACUUGGAUUCUAGUCUCUACCGCGAACAUGAAGUGAAAGCAGCGCGCAGACGCGGCAGCUGCUGUGCGUAACGGACGGAUUGUGGCGCGGCGCUUAUUUGAAUGACAAUAGUUGGAGCGACUUGCUCUCGUGUUUGUUUUGCGGAGUCUGCGGGGAAUGCUGCGUGUCGGAAGAUGAACUUGAUCCCCUUCUCCCGACACUGACAGGUGCUUUCUGGACCCUGGCGUGGAGCUGUGAUAUGAAAAUUGGAAAGGUGAGACGCACUUAAGCGCCCUCGCCUCUUCAAGUGUCGGCAACAUGACAAGCAACGGACCUGUCAUUGUCUUCGAGUGGCUGAAGACGCUCCAGUUGUCCCAGUAUGUGGAGGCUUUCGUGGACAACGGCUACGACGACCUGGAGGUGUGCAAACAGAUCGGGGACCCGGACCUGGACGCCAUCGGGGUCUACAUCCCGCACCACCGGCAGCGGAUCCACGACGCGGUCAGACGGCUGAAGGAGGAAGCCAAGGACACGGCCAGCGGGCUCUACUUCACCCUGGAGCCCAUGCCGCCCGCGGCGGACGUCUACACCAGCCACAUGGUGGACCAGUACGAGUCCAAACUGCGCUCGUCCAAGUCCUGGACGGAGCCCAACAGCGAGCGGUUCGGGACUGUCGGGGGUUAUGUGGGUGCGCAGCGGAACCUGACCCUGGGCAACAGGAGGGAGCUGGUGAUUUACCCCAAACUCAAGCUGAAGAUCAUGAUCAGGGAUAAACUCAUCAGAGAUGGCAUCAACCUGGCCAGGCCACCUUACUCCAAAAAGGAUGGUUCGCUGGGCAACAUAGAUGACCUGGCACAGGAGUACUCUGAGUACUACAACACCUGCUUCAGUGACGUCAGCGACCGCAUGGAGGAGCUCCGCAAAAGACGUGUCUCCCAAGAACUCGACAUGGACAAGCAGGACCCGAACAACGUGCCGCUGCAGCUCCGCUCCGAAAUCCAGGAGUCGCUGGGCUUCAGCAGUCAGGUGUCCACUCCAGAGACGGACAGAAAAAUGGCUCUCCACAAGUCUAACUCUGAAGAUGGAUCUGGAGGCAAAUGGGACAACAAGAAGAAAAACAAAUCUUUCUGGCAGAAUUUUCGGAAGUCGCCACACAAGCCGGUCAUGAGGCAAGCUUCUAAAGGCGAGGACAUCGGCUACGUAGCCAGUGAGAUCACCAUGAGCGACGAGGAGAGGAUCCAGCUGAUGAUGAUGGUGAAGGAGAAGAUGAUCACGGUGGAGGAAGCUCUGGCACGGCUGAAGGAGUAUGAGCGCAGCAAACAGUCCAGCAGUACUGACACUGCCGAGUGGGCUGACGGAUCUUCGCCCACUCUAAACCAGUCCUCCAGCUGCAACUCUCGGGAGCAGUCGGACGACGAGCAGUCCGAGGACUCUGUGAAGUUUAAGAGGCUGCACAAGCUGGUCAACUCCACACGGCGGGUCAAGAAGAAGCUCAUUAAGGUGGAGGAGGGAAAGAAGCAUGGCUCUGAAGAUUUCCUGAAUCUGGACUCCCUGCCGGUCUGCGAUGACAACUCAGCCCUGUACACUGGGGUCCUCAAGAAGCCCCUGCUGCCCCAGGAGGCGUCUCUUCCGUCUCUCACCCAGGACCAGCUCUCUGCAGACGGAGACACAGACAGCCUGACCACCUCCCCCUCGUCCAGCAGCCUGGACACCUGGUCUGGACACAAGCUGGUGAAAACUUUUAGCAAGUCGUCCAGCACCCACGGCCUCAUCCGGCCCCCCAGGAGAACCACGGUGGGCUCAGUGGGGCUCGCUGGCUCCAUCUCCGGUGUAGGCGGCAGCGGUUCUUCCUUCUCGGAGCUGGACGGCUGUGGACUAGACGACGAGGGGAAGCUGUCCCGGUCCACGACAGAUGGCGAGAUGCGGAAGGCUCUGGGCUCCAUCUCUCAUGGGGUAAGUAACAACGAGGCCCUGUACGCCUACUACGGCCUCACGAAACCCCGACCCAAACCCCCCGCCCAGUCCCGCCUGUUGAUCUCCCUGGACGGGGAUCAACCGGGCACCCCCAAACAUCAGCCUGCCAAGUGGCACCACGGCAGCUGGACGCACAGGAAGCCAGACCCCAACUACGCUUACUCCACCAAGCAUCUCCUGUACCAGCACUCGCGCAAGACCCCCAGCUCCCCCCGCCCCGCCGCGCCCUCCUCCCCCGCCCGCAGCGAUGUGGCUAAAUCGAAAGGGUUUUGUGGGGGAGGGAGCUGGGCGUUCCCUUCUCGAAAGCUGCGGGGUCGGACGGCGGUCAGCGAGCUGAACAUCACCUACGUGGUGGAGCGGAGUCUGUACGGUCACCUGAACUGGGCCCAGCUGGUGCGGCCGGUCACGCUCAGCCGCGCAGAGCGCCGCUGCCUGCUGGAGGAGGACCGCGAGGUGGACAAGAAGUGGGCGGCCAGUGUGGACCGCUGCACCAAGCGCGUGCUGUUGCGCAUCCAGCAGAAGUCUAGAACCUGCAGCUUCGGAGGCUUCGACCUGUCGAACCGAUCUCUCCAUGUGGUCAACGCCGGCUCCGAUAGUAAAGAGCAAGAGGCCAUUUACAGAGAAGUGGUCAAGUCGCCGAUGACGUCCCGGAUCUCACUGGGCAAGAAGGUCAAGUCGGUGAAGGAGACCAUGAGGAAACGAAUGUCCAAGAAGUACAGCAGCUCUCUGUCCGAGCAGUCCAGUCCAGACGGAGUUCCUGGUUCCCCUCAGUCGCCUCAGCCCGACACCGACUCUCUGGAGAAGCCCAAGCUCAAAGCCGGAGGUUCAGUGGAAAGUCUGCGAAGCUCGCUGAGCGGCCAAAGCUCCAUGAGCGGUCAGACGGUCAGCACCACCGACUCCUCGGCCAGCAACAGGGAGAGCGUCAAGUCCGAGGACGGCGAUGACGAAGAGCUGCCGUACCGAGGGCCCUUCUGCGGACGAGCCCGCGUCCACACGGACUUCACGCCGAGUCCCUACGACACAGACUCGCUCAAGCUCAAGCGUGGUGAUGUCAUCGACAUCAUCAGCAAGCCCCCUAUGGGGACCUGGAUGGGGCUCCUGAACAACAAGGUGGGAACCUUCAAGUUCAUCUACGUGGACGUGCUGAAUGAAGAGGAGGAGAAGCCCAAGAGGCCCGUGAGGAGGCGCAGGAAAGGACGACCCCCCAAACCCACCUCUGUGGAGGAGCUGCUGGAGCGCAUCAACCUGAAGGAGCACAUGCCCACCUUCCUGUUCAACGGCUACGAGGACCUGGAUACCUUCAAGCUGCUGGAGGAGGAGGACCUGGACGAGCUGAACAUCCGAGACCCUCAGCACCGAGCUGUGCUGCUGACCGCCGUGGAGCUGCUGCAGGAGUAUGACAGCAGCAGCGACCCGGAGCACGGUGGACUCUCUGGCUCCCAGGAGAAGCUGCUGUCGGAGGGCCGCGGAGUGGUGGGCGACUCCCCCCGGGACUCCGGCUGCUACGAGAGCAACGAGAACCUGGAGAACGGUAAAAACAAAAAAGCGUCGCGCUCCGGCCGCUCCUCGGCUGGUCUCCAGUCCCCGGACUACCCUACGCUGCCCUUGACCUUCUCUGAUGAACAUAUCCAGCAGAACGGCAAGAGCCAGAGCUCAAAGUUCCCCAAGAACCCCUUCAGCAAGUCGUCUCUCAAGGGCUUCAGCCUCCUGCGAAAGCCCCGGCGGCAUUCCCACCUCCCGGCGAGCCGCAGCUGCGAGGGCCUGGACGCACCAGAGCCCAGGGUCCCCAGGAAGCGCUCGCAGUCUCUCGGGGACUUGCGCCUGGAGCCGGGGCACGUCCCGGUCUUGAACCUGGAGAUCAAAGCUGCCAAAGAGGGACCAAUGUCUGAAGGCAACAGCCCAGCUAAGAGUCCCGCUCAGAACGGACCUCCUAAAGUUAGCCCCAAGAGACCCCCUGUUCCCUCUCAACUGCCGCUGCGCUCCCCGUGUCCCACCACGCAACCCCCCAACCUGCCCGAGCACUUCCCCAGCCCCACGGCGAGCCCUCCCGAGUCAAGCGGGAGCAGGGACAGGGCCAUCCGGACUCACUCGAAAAAACCACCGGUCCCUCCACCGGUCCCCGCGAAAAAGUCUAAAGAAAGACUGGCCAACGGGCUACGCCACGCCCCUCUCUCGCUGCCCUCCUCGCCGUCUCCCACCCCCUCCCCCACGCACUCCCUCACCCGUUCACACCCUAGCAGCCCCAUUACCCGUCACUGCGGCAGCCCGGGUGCCCCGGCUCUCCCGGCCAAGACCCCCAGCACCCCCAGCAGUCCCUGCACCAACUCGUCCACCUCAUCGGUGGGAGAGGACUCGGGCACCACCCCGCCGCCCCCCUGGCUCUCAGACCUGGGGGGCAAAGUUGCCGUCUCCAGGAAGCUCUCCCACACCAAGAUGAGUCCGGACCUGCUCACCCUGCUGGAGCAACGUCUGGAGGCCGAGGGCAUCGACCUCACUGAGGAGCCCUACUCUGACAAGCACGGCCGCUGUGGAAUCCCUCAGCUCCUGGUGCAUCGCUACUCCGAGGACCUGGACCAGCCGGUGAAGGACGUGGCCUCCAACAUGGACCAGCUCCGAGUCAGAGAGCUGCGGAAACAACACCGCAUGGCUAUUCCCUCUGGUGGCAUGACGGAGAUGUGCAGGAAGCCCCUGACCUCAGGUAACGCCAGCACCGUCUCCGAUUGGCUGGUGUCCAUCGGCCUGCCCAUGUACGCCGGCGCUCUGGCGGCGGCGGGCGUCGACUCUCUGAGCCGCGUGGCCGUGCUGACGGAGAGCGUGGCGUGGGAGGCCGGCGUUCGCGAGGAGCGGCACGUGCGGCGGUUGCUGAGCGAGGCGCGGCUGCUGAGCGCCCACAGGGAAGUGCUGUCGUAAACAUGUUGGACAGACAGACGGACGAAUGAGAUAUCAGAUGCCUUUUUAGGAGACGUCGGGAAGAGCACACGCUUCCAAUGUUUUUGAUACUCGGAAGCAGUUUUUACUCCACAAGUGCUUCGUGAUCAUCUCAGAAUCAGGAGCGAGAACGUUGAGAUUUCAAGAAGCUGUUUCUGUAUUAUAGCGUUUGAGAGGCUGGUAUUUCAGCGGGAAUGUUGCAGCCUUCCGUCGAGAUGGACGCUCACUGUGCUCUUCCACCCCGCUCCUCACACACAUCCCGUGUAUCCGAGCACGUUUUUGGUUGCCUUACGCUCGUGACUGAACUGGGCCCAACUCUGGGCCUUCAUUCCCUGAAUGUGUCCGAGGACGACGGAUCUCAUGCGCCGCACCAGGACGGGAUCAACGGGAAAAUAGUUUGUUUGUUGUGUAACAGCACAAAAUAAUUUCCACCCCUCACGGACGCCGACAUCUGGACUGUCACAUCUGGAAUUUAUUGGACCGUCUUUGAUUUACAACCGGACUCUUUUGGACUUAUAACCAACGUCUACUAACGCUUUUCUCGCGUCGGCAUGGAAACGUCUUUAAAUCAGGGAACAGUGUGGGACGGACGCUUGCGCAGCUGAAGCUUCUUUUCCUGUUUUAUUUCAAUAGUUUGGACUAUUCAGCAAAUGAAGGUUUUUAAGGCCUUUUUCCUCAAUCACAGUGGUGCUGCGGAGGUUUUCCAAAAGUGUUGGGUCGAAAAGCGCCGACACUGCAAAUGCACUUUAGAGGGUCCACCCAGAUGUUUUCUAGACAAAUUUGGCUACGAGUCGAGCUCGACCACACUCCACUUUCCAAUUAGUAUUAACUCUUGAUUACAUAUAUGAAAUGCUGAACACACACAUUCUGUAUAUGUAAUUGAUAUUUAAGUAAUUUAUUUUUGUUUUUGUCCUCCACUUCUGUAAGUAGCUGUACUAUACGAAAGCAAUACCUUCCUGCUUCGGUAUGUUCCUGUAAAAUAUCUGUACAAAGGAUUUUAUGUGGUUUUCAUCCUCUGGACGAGUCACCAUCGCGACCUGAGAAGUUCAUGUCCAUAACUAUUUGUCUUUCUGAAAUAUUAUUAAAAAAUGUUUCCUGC